AGGAAGAGUUAGAUUCAUAACAAUAACAAAAUAAAUAUAUAUACGAAGAAUACGAAGACCAGAGUCAGCCCUAAAAGCUAGCCACGAGCACUGAAUAAAUUGGAAAAGUUGGACGUUAAACUGAAUUAUCUGAUCUUCCAUAUAGGUUCAUUGCCAUGAUCACUUGGAGUGCAUGCCGCAAAUUGUGGCCGUCAUCAUUCACAACAAGCAAACAAGAUUUAGCUUUCCUCAAGGGCUUUUGCCAACGAAUCCUCGGUAGCAACAAAUUUUACCACGGUCAAAGUGGUCUUAGUUUGGACGAAGGAGACAGUGAUGAAGUUAGCAAUGCAAGUCAGCCUAAAAGGAUCUUGAGGAUCGCCGUCAUUGGUCUUCCAAAUGCAGGGAAAAGCACCUUGAUUAACCAAAUCAUGGAACGAAGGGUUUGUGCAACAUCGAUGAAGGUGCACACGACAGACAGGAAGGCUAGGGCGAUUGACAACACAGGAAACACGCAGCUCGUGUUUUUAGACACCCCUGGUUUGGUGACCCAAGCCGAGAUAAAAAGGCACUCUCUUCAGCCAUCAUUUUCACUAGCCCCUCUGGAGUCUGUCAAGGAGGCAGAUAUGGUUACCGUUGUGCAUGAUGUGUCAAACAAAUGGACAAGGGAUUUCCUUCACAGAAAAUUGUUGUUUCUGCUCAACGAAUUUCCAGACAAACACUCAAUUUUAAUUCUGAACAAGGUGGACGCACUGAAAAAUAAAAGAUUCCUGCUUGGUCUCACUGAGAAGCUGACUAAAGGACGGUUGAAGAGCUUGAAUUGUGGCAAUGACGAUGAAAAGAUUGAAUACAAUCCAAACGAUGUGGGGUGGGGAAAGUUUUCUGAGAUUUUCAUGGUUUCUGCGCUUACAGGAGAGGGUGUUGGAGACAUAAAGGAGUACAUGAUCCAAAACGCUAGACUCUCGCCGUGGCUGUUCGAUUCCGGCACUUUUACAGACCAGCAAAGCCAGCAAUUGGUUGAAGACGCAGUGAGGGAAAAGUUGCUCGAUAAUUUGCCCCAGGAAAUUCCAUACAACGUCUCUUCAAAAAUGGAGUUUUUCGCUCACACUGAUGCAGGACUUCUGUGCAUUUCCGUCGUUGUCAUUUGCAAGUUUAAGAGACAUCAGAAGAUGCUGUUGGGGCACGGAGGCAAUCGGGUCCGCAUUAUAGCUAAAGAGGCAGAGCAGUCUUUGGCCAAUUGUUACAGAUGCCCUGUCAAACUGAAUAUUGUAGUAGAAUGCAAAGAAGAUCUUACUAGUCGGCCACAGAGAGAACCUCCUAAGAAAGGUCUGCUUGAAGAGUGAUCCAGUGACUUUUCAAUAAAAUCACUCUUUUGUUAUUUAAA